AUGGCGACCCUCAAGUCCCAUUUCGCUCCCAGCAAGAUUCUUUUCUAUAUUCUGUGGUGGGGAUUUCACUGGGGUAUUUUUGCCAUUGGAUGGUGGAAGCAAGCAGCAGAUCCCCGUUUAGCUGGCCUCAACACUCUGACCUUUUCGGUAUGGAUGUCGCGAGGAGCUGGUCUUGUCCUCUCGGUGGACGUCAUGCUCAUCCUGCUGCCCAUGUGUCGGAAUCUCAUGCGUUUCCUGAGACCAAAAUUCAGGUGGCUACCUCUUGACGAAACACACUGGUUCCACCGACAGUGUGCCUAUGCUCUGCUCCUGUUUACCACCGUGCAUGUGACUGCUCAUUAUGUCAACUUCUUCAAUGUCGAAAAGAACCAGAUCCGACCUGAGACGGCAAUUCAGAUUCAUUACACCCAGGCUGGUGGCAUCACCGGUCACAUUAUGCUGCUGUGUAUGUUGCUUAUGUACACUACCGCCCACCAGAAGAUUCGACAACAGUCUUUCGAGACUUUCUGGUACACUCACCACCUCUUCAUUCCCUUCCUCCUGGCCUUGUAUACACACGCCGUGGGCUGUUUCGUGCGAGAUACCGCCCAGCCCUUCUCCCCAUUUGCUGGCAAGAUAUUCUGGGCUCACUGCCUUGGCUACGAAGGCUGGCGGUGGGAGCUUUGGUCAGGUGGCCUCUACCUUUUCGAGCGACUCUGGCGUGAGGUCCGCGCGAGAAGGGAGACCAGAAUCACAAAGGUCGUCCGCCACCCUUACGAUGCCAUGGAAAUCCAAUUCCAAAAACCCAGCAUGAAAUACAAGGCAGGCCAAUGGCUGUUCAUCAAUAUCCCGGCUGUCUCGAGCCAACAAUGGCACCCUUUCACAAUCACCUCGUGCCCGUUUGACCCCUACAUCUCGGUGCACGUCCGCCAGGUGGGAGACUGGACCAAAGCUGUGGGUGAUGCAUUGGGUUGCGGUCCCGCACAGGCCAAGGAAUUCGACGAUCUAGACAAGGAGGGCAUCUACGAAAUUGCCUUGCGACAGGAUCAAGAGAUGCCUGCUAUCCGUAUCGACGGACCUUAUGGUGCACCCGCCGAAGACGUCUUCGACAACGAAAUUGCCGUGCUCAUCGGCACAGGUAUUGGUGUGACACCAUGGGCAUCGGUGCUCAAGCACAUCUACAAUAUCCGCGCGGGACCCAACCCACCUAGACGUCUCAAACGUGUGGAAUUCCUCUGGGUCACUCGCUCUGUCGAGUCGUUCGAAUGGUUCCAGACGCUGCUGACCUCUCUCGAGCGACAAUCCGCCGAUGCGGCAGAAAGUGUUGGCGGCCCCGAGUUCCUUCGCAUCCACACAUACCUUACGCAACGCGUCGAUGCCAAUACGGCGGCAAAUAUCUACCUCAAUACUGUGGGCAACGCAGUCGACCCCUUGACCGCGCUACGCACGAAGACACAAUUUGGCCGCCCUGACUUCAAGCGUCUGUUCGGCGCGAUGAGGGACGGUCUCAUGGACCAGACAUACCUGGACGUAGGCAAGGAAUCAUCCCUCACGGCGCAAAUGAAGGCCACAGUCGGUGUGUACUUCUGUGGGCCCAGUGCUGCCGCGAGAGAGAUCAAAACCGCCUGCAAAGCGACGAGUAACGAUCUCGUUAAAUUCAGGUUUUGGAAGGAACACUUCUAA